GCCACCAUGAAAACGCACCACGUUAGACGUCACGAUGCUGGAGUCACAUGGGUGGGUCGUCGCCAGUUUUUUUCCUGUCAUGGGAAGUAGACACUACUGAAGAGUUGUAGACGACCUGGAGCAUCACGGUUUUGGUGGUUUAAUACAUUCAUGUUCUUCUAUCCCCUGGUUUGAGAUAUAGUUGCUGUCUGUGUCCCAGCGACAGCUACACACUUGGCUAUGGUUCGCCACUCUCUGCCUCCUGAAGGUUUUCGUUUUGCAAGCUUGUGAGGAGGCGACUGUAGCAGAAAGAUUCUGAGUCUUCUAUAUGGGCCAUCUUGUUUCGAAAAACAGUAAGCGUGUGAAGAAACGAAGACGGAAGACCAGGAAAAACUGUAUUCUUCAUGGCCCUUGCAUGCUGUGUUUUAUAGUACACAAUACUUCAACUCUUGAUGAUGAUCAGCUUGAAAGUGCAUCUAAACUAGCAGAGAGAUACGCCACACUUACAAACCCAGAAGAGUGUGCAAAAUUUAUUUUGUCUCCAAAGGAACUCGGCAUCUUGGAGGAAAGAAACAAGAACCUACUUUCUGGUGUACCAGCUAAACUGAUUGGAAACCAGCUCUUUCAAACAGUUUCCUCUGAGUAUUCGGAUAUGGUUUGCAAACGUAAAUGCACCAAACUGCAGGCAGAUACUCCUUGUAAGCAGCUUCGCUGUGCAGGUGUUCCAGCAGAAGCCACUGAGAAUGGGUUAAGCAGUGAAUCUGCUUCAGCUAACCCUGUUCAUGUAUGUCUUUUGCCUUCACCUGCAAGCUGCUCUACAGUUCACCCUAUUGCACCAGUAAAAGAACGUGACUCCGCUCAGCAGUUAUGUUCAGGUGCUGGUGAACCUUUAGCUUGUGAAAAUAUGACCGUUGAACCACUAAAUAUUAACCACCUUCCAUCUUCCAUUCUUUUAAAGAUCUUUUCUAAUUUAUCGCUGGAUGAACGUGGCCUUUGUGCAUCUCUAGUUUGCAAGUACUGGCGAGAUCUCUGUUUAGAUUUUCAAUUAUGGAAACAAUUGGAUCUCAGUGGUCGAGCACAGGUUAAAGAUGAUGUAUUGAUCAGAAUUGCUUCUUGGAUUCAAAAUUUGACCGAGAUCAACAUUUCUGAUUGCCGAAAUGUGACUGAUAAAGGUGUAUGUUUUCUUAUCUCGAAGAGUCCUGGGCUACUAAAGUAUACUGCCUGUCGCUGCAAACAGCUUAAUAACAGCACACUUGACUCAAUAGCACAAAAUUGCCAUUUGCUGCAGAAACUACAUGUUGGCAAUCAGGACAAACUUACAGAUGAAGGACUAAAACAGAUAGGGGAGAUGUGUCCAAAACUAAAGGAUAUUCACUUUGGUCAGUGCUACCAGCUCUCUGAUGAAGGAAUGGUUGCUAUUGCUAAAGGUUGUCCAAACUUGCAAAGAAUCUACAUGCAGGAAAACAAAAUGAUAUCACAUGGAUUUCUUCUUCAAACAAGAACUGAGUAUUGUAAAACAUCCAUUUACCGUGCUGUUUCGACAUCUUUACUGAACAGACAGUAA